GCUAAAUAAUCUAUUUUAUUUUAUAAAAUACAUUUGUGUCUAUAAUGAAAUGUUGUGAUACUGAUAUUCUGUCUUAAGUAUUUAACGGGGCAUCCCGAAAUAUUUCUAAACAUGUCUGACGCAAGUAAACCUUCACUUCGUAUCGACUGGUUCGAUGGAACUCUUAUCGAAGAAACCAGGUCAAAUACUGGCCGAAAUGCAUCGGAAUUUGCUGAUGAAGAACAACCAGCCACGCAAACGACCUCCGAAGUCUUACAGUUUCAGAAAAAACCUAUAGGCUACAAGAAAUUAUUAGAUAUCUCGAUGCUCAAACCACCAGCUCUGACCUUAGAAAUAUCUCAUAAAAACAGUUUCUGGUACCUUAUGGAUAGUGAAUUAAAAGGAGACUUUAUAGUGCUAAUAGUAAAAAUACUCUCCAAUGUGUAUAAAUCCCUCGAACCUGGUGAGAAGUCUAUGAUUAUAACUGUGUUGAAAUCAAAGUUUAUGAAGUCAAACUUUUUGAAGACUUUGAAAGAGUAUUUAAGUGAGUUACCGGCUGUACGCGUGGUAGAAAAAAGGAUGAACUCUCAGCUGUGGGAUGAUGCCGAAUCUUUUUACUUCAAUGUCCUAGCUAUUUGUGAAGGAAUUUAUAAUUUUAGUGGUAAAAAUAGGGAAUAUUUGAGUGAAGCUCAGUCCUUGUUAGAGGUAUUAGAAACUAGUGCAAUAGGAGUUAAAGAGGAGCAUACAGAGAGGUUCAGAGAUGAGCUGUUUUACAAAAUUGAGGAUUUAAAAAUAAAACUACUGAAUAGCUUGGACAAGGACCCAUCAGAACCAAAAAGAACACAAACCAACGAAAAUAAAGACCCCAACCACUUCAAAAACCUCAACAUCUUCCCGACUAAAACAGACUUGCUCGGAAGCACUGCGGUUCAAAUCCAGCCGAACAUCAUAAACGGAGCGUACCCUAGCGUGGAACAUUAUUUAGAUGUGCAGUUUAAGUUGCUGAGGGAAGACUGCUUUGGUCCGUUGAGAGAAGGGAUAUGUAAGAAUAUUUUGUUUAUGCUUCUAUUAUCCUUUGCAGUGUCUGCUAUCCGAGUCCAGGCCGAUUAUGUCAAUUAAAUUUGAAAUUUGAUUAAUUAGAAUAAAAUCAAAAUUCCAGUAACUCAAAAAUCAGUCUGACACUCGAGGCACAGCUCGGACACUGGUGAUCAAAUAUAUGAAAGAGGCGCGUUCCUAGCACACAGUCUAAGCUCGAGUAGGUGAACGCAUACCAUGCUUGUAUGGGUGACAUAUGACAGGUCGACUGUUCGCGUUUUUGACAGGAGGUAACUGGUAGGUAACCGAGAGGGGGUGGGUGGUACUUUCAACAGGGAGCGGGAGUGGCCAUACUGUACGAUAGUACUCUUUAUUAUACUGUGCUCGAGGAGUUAUUAAUGAAGUGUUUAGUCCUUUAUGACUAUGGAUAUAAAGGCUGUCUUUAAUCAAAAUUGGUUUAUGAUUCAGACAUGAUGAAGUUGAUAAAGGGUUUGAAUGCUCAAGUCAUUAGCCUAUUUAACGAGAAUAUCUGUUCUUGUGGACAUCUGUUAUUAACUAUGUUAAUGGUUCCUUAUGUUAUAAAUUUCUUUUUUGUGUUGCUGUUG